AUGAGCAGACCUAUCGUUAUCUCAGGACCAUCAGGAACCGGAAAAUCUACUUUAUUGAAGAAGUUAUUCGCCGAAUUUCCAGACAGAUUUGGAUUCUCUGUCUCGAACACAACCAGACAACCAAGAGCUGGAGAAACAGAUGGAGUUGAAUACAACUUUAGCACUGUCGACGGUUUCAAACAGGCUAUCGAAGAAAAGAAAUUUAUCGAAUGGACGCAGUUUUCUGGUAAUUACUACGGCACUUCUUUCAAAGCCGUUGACGACGUCACCAAGAAGGGUAGAACAUGUAUCUUGGACAUUGAAAUGGAUGGAGUUAAGGCAGUCAAGGCUUCUAACUUGAACGCUAGAUUCUUGUUCUUGAGUCCACCUUCUAUUGAGAUCUUAAGACAAAGAUUAGAGGGAAGAGGUACUGAAACCCAAGAUUCCAUCGAAAAAAGAAUCAGUGCUGCUAAGGCUGAAAUGGAUUUUGCUAAGACAGGAGCUCACGAUAGAAUUAUUGUCAAUGACGACUUAGAUAAGGCGUACGUUGAAUUCAAGGAUUUUAUUUUGGCUGAAAACUAA